UGAUCUUGAGUCUAUAGUUCUUUACAUUAUCCUCCCUUGGUUAAGGUAUUAUUCUAUUUUUAUCAUUUAAAAAAAAAAACACCCCAAAAUCAAAAAGAGUGAUUUUUUUCCCUCAGUUUUUACAGACUGGCCGUCGGGUCCAGGCAGGCCGAAGAGGCUGGAGAGAGAGGACAGUCAGGUGGCAAGCAGGCUCGCCUUGGGGGAAUCGUUGGGCGGACUCCUGAGGGAUCGUUAGGCUGAGCUCCACGGGAGAUGGUUCUGACUCGGCAGCUCGUCGUUUGAGCUAGGGCUGCCCCGGCUGGGAGGAAGCCGGCAGGGAAGGAAGGGGGCGGGGGCGUGGUUUAAACUUGUCCGGUUGCUGGAUGUCCGGCCAGGUGAAGGAAGAGAGAAGUUUGACGCUGGUUCAGAGAUGGCCCAAAACAAGCACAUUCUUACUGUCCUCCUCCGCGUCUAUUGUGGCAGAGUUAUCGACCUUUCCUCUUGAACUCACCAAAACUCGACUCCAGAUGCAAGGAGAAGCUGCCCUUAACCGUUACCGUUUUUUAAAACAUUGUACCCCCUACCGGGGCAUGAUAAAAACCACCAUCGGCAUCAUACGGGAGGAAGGCUUUCUGAAGCUUUGGCAAGGAGGAGUAUCGGCAGUUUAUAGGCAAGUAGUAUAUACUGGGUUCCGCAUGGUCAUCUACGAAUAUCUUCGUGACUCUGUUUUUGGGAAAUCGGCAAAUAACGAAUAUCCUCUUUGGCAAUCAGUCAUAGGUGGAAUGGUGUCGGGUGCGUUUGCUCAGUUUGUUUGUACCCCCGCUGAUCUAGUGAAGGUUCAAAUGCAGAUGGAAGGAAUAAGGAAACUCCAAGGAAAGCCUUUACGAUUUCAGGGUGUGCAUCAUGCGUUUCUCAAAAUCUUGAGAGAAGGAGGGUUGCGUGGCCUUUGGGUAGGCUGGGUGCCCAACGUCCAGAGAGCUGCCUUGGUGAACAUGGGAGAUUUAGCCACUUAUGAUUCAGUGAAGCGCUUGGUAUUAUUGAAUACAUCACUUGAAGACAAUAUUCUGACUCAUAGCCUGGCAAGUAUAUGUUCUGGAUUGGUAGCUUGUUUUCUGGGAACACCAGCUGAUGUCAUCAAAAGCAGAGUGAUGAAUCAACCGACAGAUAAAAAAGGAAGAGGACUGCUGUACAAAUCUUCAACUGACUGCUUGAUUCAGAGUGUAAAAGGGGAAGGAUUUAUGAGUUUAUAUAAAGGCUUUUUACCAGGUUGGCUGAGAAUGAUGCCUUGGUCAAUGGUAUUCUGGCUUACUUAUGAGAAAAUAAGACUUUUGAGUGGAGUGGAUCCAUUUUAAGACUUUAAAAACAGAUAUAUUCAAUCUUAUUAAAAUGUGGUCAUUCACAAAGUAUAUACCUCCUCCUGUUUCUUCCUCCUCUGGAAGACAAUAUCUCAUCAAGAAUAUGCUUUGUAGGGUGGCAGCCCUAAAUUUUCAUUCUCCAGAUCCAAGUGUCCUUGACCCCUUUUCUUGCUCCAGGAAAGGCUGAAUUGUGUAUCAGAACAUUCAGAUAUCUAAAGAUCUCCAACACAGCACUUUCUAAAGAGGAAUCUGAUCCUGGAUCCUUACCACCCCACAUGGACAUUCAUUUGGAUGCUAUCAGAUAACUUCAAGGAGUCCCAGUGAUGAAGCUGCUGCUGAGUCCUGAAAUGCAUAAUAGAACAUAAAAGCAAGCACCUGCCUCUCCUGAAAUGUAUAUAUAGCUAGAGAAGUCAGUCUUCUUAGCAAGUAAAGUUUGAAAAUGCACUCCCCCCAAAUGAGAUGAAUGAAAAAGAUGAUGAAUAAAUAGAAAUGUAGUUUCUUAAAUGUAGGUUGGAGUUCAUGAAUCUCUUUCUUCCAGAAGAAAGAGAAGGGUGAAAACUGAGUCUACUGUUGCUUCAACAGCAAACAGAACUGCCACAAUUCGUCAGAAUUCUAUGACAAAAGUUGACAAAUUGUAGUACCUGGAGAAGGAGCAAACCAUAAAAGCAGUCUUGGGGAAAACAGAUAAAGGGUCACUUUGGUAUAUAUCUUCUUUAAAAUUUUUUAACUAUUCCACAGCUCUGUGACAUAUUCAUCUAUAGAUAAUUAUUUAAUUUUUACAUGUUAACUAAAAUGUGUCUGUAUAAGUUCAUCUUUUUCUCUUUUGGUAUUAUUUAUAAAGUGAUGCUGCUAUUGGAAAUAUGUCAAAGUUGGCAUGCUUCAUUCUGUUGACUUAUGCUCAGAGACACCACAGAUUACUAAAAAGUCAGCUAUCCCUAGCUAGGGUCUCAUAAUAUAAAUUUGACAAGGUCUUUUACUUUUGUAAAAUAGUACACUGGUCUUUGUCGAUAGCUAACAACUCACAACAGCAUACUCUCUUUUUCAGUAGAUUUUUACUGACCUAUAUUCUUUCAUCCAUUGCCCCUGAAUAUCAUAACCAUGGAAUAAAACAAAACAUAAAAUAGGAUCAGUGUCUCAACCCUGGCCUUGUUAUGUUGGCUCUGCAAACAAUUGAGCUAACCAUCCAGAAUGAUAAGCUUGAAUGAAAUUUGAUCAUAUUUGGGAUCAAAAGAUCAGCUAAACACUGAAAUAUUUACCAAUAUUGUAACAAUAGCAUUUAUGCGUAAUCAGUGCCUUUUUACAGAAGUCCUACUUAUUGUCUCUGGUCUCCAAAUUUAUGCCUCUUGGGGUUUUCUAGUGGUAUACAGUCAAAAUUACUCUUUUCAUUAGUUUAGUUGGCCAUUUGUGAAAUGGACACUUUUCUUUCUUCAGACCUUAAAAGGGCCUAAAUUUACAUGUUUUUUGUCAUAAUUCUUGAGUGUCUGAACCUGAAUUGUUGGGGCCUGUGAUUUGGGACGUCAGGUCAAAACCAUAAAGAUUUGUCUAGUUUGUUUAAUCCCAGGCUUACUGAAUGAAGAGCAAAACAUUUAAUCAGCUUUAUUCUUUGGUCAUUAUCAAUAAUUAACUGUGAUGUUUAGUGUCUAUAUAACAUAUAAAUAAUUCAUUGUAAAUCAAAAUGACCACACUUAUUUUCUGGCCCAUCUUUAUUUAGACAUAACCAAGUUCAGGCUUCUUUAUCCCUCACAAUCUCAUCUUUUUUACUACCAUGUUAAGUAAUAGCAACUGUUCAGCAUAUCAUCCUUCAAUUUUUAUAUUUAAUCUAUUCUAAUUUCUUCUCCAACUUGGUAAAUUGUAAUUAAUCUUUCCUUAAAUACAGUUCUCUUUCUCUUUUUAACAUGAAUUCACUUCUGUUGCUCCAAUAGUCAAAUAAAUGAACUUUUAAAAAAAUCUUCUUGUUGAUAAAAAAAAAAAAUGUUUUUACCUUCUUCAGGUAUUUGAUAAGCUUGUAUUCUCUCUCUCUCUCCAUUUAAAUGUAAGCCCUUAAGGGUGGGAACUGGUCCUUUCAGGUUGGUUUUUUGUUUAAUAUCUCUACCUUAUCCUCAUUAUACUUUACAAAAUAACUCUAUAGCUGGAAAUGUCCAGCAGAUAUUGGUGCUUAGUUUGUCAAAAUUCAUUUAUUUGGUGUUCCCUGAUUCAAGAAUUUGUGAUAAUUCUUUCAGGGUGGGCUAAAAUACAGAGCAGCCAAAUGGGGUUGAACUUAUGGGAUAAUGGGGUUAGCUGACCAAAUACAAAAUAAGAUGUGAAGGGAAUGAUUAAACAACUGAAAAAAAAGCUUUUCAAAGACCUUCAGGAUUUAUCCAUCGCCCCCAGGAAUUCUUCUAGAACCACUUACCCAAUUGUUUUAUGAAUCUGAGAUCUAAAAAACAACAAAAAAAAACUUUUGAAAAAUGUGGCUUAAUAAAAAUUUUUUCAUAAAUUCUAAUUCUUGACAUUAUUUGCCCUAAAUCUGUAAAGUUCUAGGUAAAUACUAGAAAACUGAAUUUUCAGUCUUUUAUAUUCCCUUAAGAAACUUGGCUUAUUACAACUGAAAGACACUUAAUAGUGAAAUAAUAAUUAGAAAUUUGGUGGAUUUCUUGUUUAUAUUUUCCUUUCCUAGGAUUUAAAGUUAGUUCUUAUUCAUUUUGUGAUAUGGGGAAAGUGAUCAGCUGAUUAUAUUUUUUUCAGAUGCAGGUCGAAUAUUUCAACUGGUUAAUGUGCCUUUUGUGCAAAAUUAGAAUGCAAAAUGUUUUUCUCAUGUGUUUGUUUCAUUUUCUCUCUUUAAAUAUAAUGGUUUUAAUCACAUUUUUAUCCCAGUGUAUCAUUUUAACUGGGCAUCAGGGUUAACAGUUAAUAUAACCAUGCUGUAAGGUUUAUACUUUAUUUUUCUGCUUGUUUCAAAUAAAACUAAAUUAUAAUGCCAAAAAAGGAACAAUUUGUCUAGUGUUAGAACUUUUAUUGUCUUUUAAAAGUUUGAUAAAAUUCUUCCAUGGAUCCCUUAGGAUACUUAGUCCUCUUGAUGCUUUUUGUUAUAGCAAAGAACAUUGCCAUACUGCUGUGCCAUUUCAAGUAAGCUUCUGUCUUUUUGUUUUCUGUAGCCCUGAGAGGAGACAGAGUAUAUAAGGCCUCUGGAUCUGCUUGUGUAACCCUGAGCAAUUAUAGAAGAGAUGUUAAGUAAUCACAUUAAAGUUUGGUAUUAUCCUUCUCUGCUAUCAGGUUUUUUAAGUUGCUUGAAUUAUUGGCACCCUAGAAUUUAGCAUAAUUUGCAUUUUCAAUAAGACUGAAGGGUCAUGAGGAUUAUGGAAAAUGUGUCAUCCUCCAUUCUUGUUGGUCUCAUGACUUAGAAGUCAAUGUUUACACCUUAAAGAAAAAUACUUAAAAUUUUUAAUUUCUUUUUCUGUCCUCCC